AAAAACAACGCGUAGGAACGUCGCUAUUCGGUUAUGGCAGAAAUUGUGUGUUGUUCUUUAGAAGUUAUUAUCUUUCUUUCUUUGAACGAUUUUAUUAAAUGCGCCUAUUUAUAAACGCGAUAAAAUAAAAAAAUACUGAUUUAAAGUGUACGCAUUACUAUAGGAAAAUGGAGCAAAUGUUGAGUCCCGGUUUCUCUAUUCCGAGCAUCGGAGCAACUCCACUCCAUCAAAUGGAUGCAGAUCAACAGAUAGUGCCUAAUCCUGUUUAUCACCCUGCUGCGGAUACACAUGACCUAAAUCAUAUGGGAAUGCCUUCGCUGCUGAAUAGCGGCACUUCAUCGGCCGGAACAGUAAAUAAUUCUAAUAUGAGUGGAAGUUCGCCUCAGAUUUUGCUGACAGCGCAUAAGCAAAUGCAAUCAUACCAAAGUUCCAGCACAUCAAUGACAAAUGGUAGUGCGCCACAAAGUCUAAUGCAACCACAAACGCCGCAAAGCUUAAUGUCACCGAUGGUGCCGAUGAGUGAACGCGCCGACAACCUUAGUAAUAUUCAUCAAACGAUGGGUCCUGCAACACCUAUGACGCCAAUGACGCCAGGUUCGGCUGAUCCUGGUAUUGUACCACAACUGCAGAACAUAGUUUCAACAGUAAACUUAUGUUGUAAAUUAGAUUUGAAAAAAAUAGCGCUCCAUGCGCGUAAUGCUGAGUAUAAUCCAAAGCGCUUUGCUGCUGUAAUUAUGCGAAUUCGAGAGCCCCGAACUACAGCAUUGAUUUUCUCCUCUGGCAAAAUGGUGUGUACCGGCGCAAAAAGUGAAGAUGAUUCUCGGUUGGCGGCUCGAAAAUAUGCGCGUAUUAUUCAAAAAUUGGGAUUUCAGGCGAAAUUCCGUGAUUUUAAAAUCCAAAAUAUGGUUGGAUCAUGCGAUGUGAAAUUCCCAAUACGCCUAGAAGGUCUGGUACUUACACAUUGCAAUUUCAGCUCGUAUGAACCUGAGCUAUUUCCUGGUCUUAUUUAUCGAAUGGUGCGUCCUCGUAUUGUUCUUCUGAUAUUUGUGUCUGGCAAAGUGGUGCUGACGGGUGCGAAGGUUCGCCAGGAAAUCUACGAAGCUUUCGACAAAAUAUUUCCUAUUCUUAAAAAGUUCAAGAAGCAAUCCUAACUUCCUAAGCAGUACACCAAUGCUUUUCUUGCUGGAUUUUUCAUAUCACUUCGGAAAUGUGCUCCAGUAACAUAUAAUUCAUCGCCUAAAGACGACUUCGGUCAGAUAUCUGCAACCGGCUCUUGGAUGAAUCAGGGAGAUAUUUUCAAUAUGUUAAUAUAUAAUAUAUUAAGUGUUCAAAUGUAGUUUACUUUAUAAGCAUGUUAGAACUUCAGAACUUCGUAGCUGCAGACUUAUGAGCUUCGAACUAUUAUUAUAAUUUAAUAAUUUAAUUUUGUACGGCAUCUUCUAAACUUGCAAUUAUUUAGGUGACUUAUAUACAUAUAUUUUCAUAAUAAAUUAUAAAUUUUUUGACAUCGA